AUGACAGCCACAAAUAGUUUGCAUUUCAAUAAUCUGAAAGUCCAAUUUUCCAAUUCCAUCGUGGGAAAUUUCUUAAGACUACCGCAUUCAAUAAUAAAUGUACUAGAAUCGACGAACUAUGCAAUUCAAGAGUUCGGCAUAGCAAUACAUUCUCAUGAUUCAGAUAUACCUAUUGUUCAUCUUGGCUGGGACGGUUAUGAUUCCGCAUCGAGUGACAAUACCGUCCUCAUUAAUCCCAUUUUAGCCAACUUAUACAACUUCAACCAAAAGUCACCAUUGGUGGACUUGUACAUCCAGCGAUAUGACCAUACACGUUUGGCCAAAGAGGUAUAUGUUACACCUGAGACAAGUGACGAUUGGGAAAUAAUUGAUGCUAAUGCUACGAGAUUCCAAAAUGGUGAGAUUUUACACCAAACUCGUAUCGUUACACCUGGUGAAACCCUGAUUUGCUAUUUGGAUGGAAUCGUCACUAAAUUCAAGAUUGACAAGGUUGUACCUGAAGCACUGACAUCCGCAAGGAUUACGGAUGGCUCGUUAGUCGUGGUGGCACCAAAAGUUAAUAAAGAACGCUCUAUGAAGAACGAGUACCGCCCCAGUAUCGAUAAAAAGUCGAAUAGUGAUGUUUUCCUACCUUCAAAAAGAAAAAUCCUGAGAAGCACUAUUUGCAAGAAUGGCCUUACUGAAAAGGAACUGUUUGUUGUUUACGUCGAUGACGAGGUAGAACUGGCUUCGACAAGAGGUUAUGUUUCUAUAGUACAGUGCAAUUCAAGACAAUCCAAGAAAAAUGAGCCGGAAAAUAAAGUAAUAGGUGUUCCUCCAAAGAAAAUUGGUGUUCGCAUUAAGCAUGACAAUCAAGUACCUAAAAAUCACAUUGCACUAAGCUUGUACACUUGGGAAGCACUCUUUACACGUCCAGUUAACGGGACUAAAAUCAAACUGGAAUUUUUGAAAACGAGUGAAAUGAAUAUGAAACCUGUAGGAAAUAUAACAGUUAACAUUAAAUACUAUGGAGAAAACUCAUCUCUUAAGGAUGAAGAUGAAUUUAUUAAACUGCUGGGAAAAAGCACCCUAACUAGUAACAUAAUACUUCCUGAAGAGCAAAUUUUGAUUGAGUUAAAGAAAGCUAAUUCCUUACAACCAUUUCUUGAUUUGAACGAUCUCCCCAAAGAUUCUAUUCAAUGGGAAAUAGCGCAAAUGGGAAAGGAAGAAGUCAAAAAAGUUGUCGAAGAAUUCUUACCUAAAUUUCAGCACAUCGAAGGAACAGAUGAAUUUAUGCAUACAAGUAAAAAUGAAGACCAUUUCGUUAAUGUUAAUAGCACUACGCAAGAAAUGAUAGAUUACAUGACAUCACCCAUUGUCUCCUCACCGGCUAUUAUAUUGGACGGGAAGCAAGGAAUGGGGAAAACCAGAUUGUUGAAGGAAUUCAUGAGCAGAAUCACAAAUGAACACCACAUCUUCGUCAAAUAUGCGGAUUGUGACACAUUGCGCGAAACUUCUAAUCUAGAUAAAAUGCAAAAAUUAAUUACCGAGUGGUGCUCUUUAUGUUACUGGUGCGGUCCUUCGUUAAUAGUUUUGGAUAACGUAGAAAGUUUAUUUGGCAAACCCCAAUCUAAUGAAGGCGAUCCGUCUAACAGUAACAAAUGGGACAAUCCAAGCAAACUCCUAAAUUUUUUUAUGAACCAGGUGACCAAAAUGUACAGUAAAAACAACAAAUGCAUCAGGGUUUUAUUUUCAGGCAAAGAGAAGACUCAGAUAAAUUCAUUAUUGUUCGAUAAACAUUUUGUUUCAGAAAGCUGGUCUUUGAAAGCGCCAGAUAAACAAGCACGAACUAAAUUACUGGAGUAUUUCUUUUCGAAAAACGCGAUGAUAAAACUACACCACGAAGUGCAAUUUAGUGACCUGUCAUUAGAAACAGAAGGGUUUUCACCACUGGAUUUGAAAAUAUUUACGGAAAAGCUAUUUUACGAUUUGCAACUACAAAAAAAGUGUGAUAAUACAGUAACAAGAGAAACCUUCUCAAGAUCACUGAAUGGGUUCACACCUUCUGCACUGCGCGGAGUCAAGUUAACCAAAGAAACCAACAUCAAAUGGACGGACAUUGGUGCAUUAACGGGUGCAAAGAAAAUUCUCCUCGAAACAUUGGAAUGGCCCACUAAAUAUGAGCCAAUAUUUGCCAAUUGUCCCUUAAGACUAAGAUCGGGUAUCUUGCUCUACGGGUACCCUGGUUGUGGUAAGACGCUAUUGGCGAGUGCCGUAGCACAGCAGUGUGGGCUCAACUUCAUCUCUGUCAAGGGACCCGAGAUUCUAAACAAGUUCAUUGGUGCGAGUGAACAAAACGUCAGAGAGUUGUUUGAAAGAGCACAGUCUGUCAAACCGUGUAUUCUUUUCUUUGAUGAAUUCGACUCGAUCGCGCCCAAGAGGGGGCAUGAUUCCACUGGUGUCACAGACCGUGUUGUCAAUCAGCUCUUGACACAAAUGGACGGUGCUGAAGGUCUUGAUGGCGUAUACAUUUUAGCAGCCACGAGUAGACCCGACUUAAUUGAUAGUGCAUUGUUGAGACCGGGCCGGUUGGACAAGAGCGUGAUCUGUAAUAUACCCAGUGAACCUGAAAGAUUGGACAUUUUAGAAACGGUUGUCAACUCCAAGGACAAGGAUACGGGUCUGAAGAAAUUUGAACUAGAGGAAGGAACUGACCUCGCCAUGAUCGCCCAGAAAACAGCAGGGUUUUCAGGUGCGGAUUUGCAGGGCCUCUGUUACAACGCGUAUUUGAAAUCGGUACAUCGGUACCUGUCUGCCAGUAGAGAACCUGAACAGGCGUCCGGAGAUAAUGAUAUCGAGUACUUCACUAUCAACGGGAAGUGCCAGAAAGAGGAAAAUAAACUACGUUUGCGGACUCUGCUGGAGCAAGACCAGGUCCACGAACCGAAGACAAAAGUAUCGGACGGGGUGAAGCCAACAGCUGUGGUCACGAUAGAUGAUUUGAUGGAGGCCUGUCAAGAGACGAAACCCAGUAUUUCGACGAGUGAACUGGCUAAGUUAAGGAGAAUUUACAGCAAGUUCCAGACGGAUAGAAAUGGCGAGAUGCCCAACGGCGAGAAUUCCGUUGACAUUGGCAGCCGGCUUUCCCUGAUGUAA